UGUUUUUAUUUCCAACAGUUCAUUCGUUUAUACAAACCGUGCCUCCAAAAACAGAGUCAAGCCUACACGCACGUUAUUCUGCAGUGCGCGUUUACAUCAGGCCUUACGGUAAGAGUGUGUAGGAACCGACUUCAAAAUAAGAGCCGUGUUCCAGUAUCAAAUGACUUUACCAAAUGACAAAUUAUACAUAACAACGCUUAUGAUGAUUGGAAAAUAUAACAAUGAAUGAUACAUUCAGACGGACCAGUAGGACUUUAAAAUGAUAGUAAACUACAUCACAUUCAGAAGCUUCAAAUUACACUUGUCAUUGAUGGCGGAAUAUCCGAAGAAAGACAUUUUUCAGGAGUGCGAUUCUGAAGGGCUUUUAUUUUGAAAAAUCCAACCUGACACAUACUUACUCGAAUCCCUUUAUUGUGACACUCAGGCGAGUUUGUGGAGCAGUUUAAAAGCGGAAGUAAAAGGAAAACGAGUUUCACUUCUGUUUGGGUGAAGCUGGAGCGGUGGCAGUGAGUUUACACUGGUCGAAGGAUGAGGAACAAGAGUCUAUCUCGAAGGUGAAGUAUGUCCAGCUGUCAGCUCCCCAUGGCGGUCAGCGACUCCAGCCUGGAGGGCUGGACGCCGAUCGCCUCCGGGGGUUUCGGGCAGGUCUUCAAAGCCAGGCACCGAGGGUGGUGCUGCGACGUCGCCGUCAAGCUGCUUCACCACACCGACCGGAGCAGCGAGUCCGCUCUGCUGAAGGAGAUCGACAUGACGCGCCAAGGGAGCAGCCCGCACGUGGUCCUGGUCCGAGGGGUCUUCAAGGGCCGCCCGCCCGGCGUGGCCUUUAACCGGCUGGGGCUGGUCAUGGAGUUCAUGGAGAGAGGAUCCCUGGCCUCCCUGCAGCACAGCGUGAAGGAGGCCCUGCCCUGGCCGCUGGUCUGCAGACUGGCUCACCAAGUGGCCCUGGGUAUCAACUUCCUGCACAGUCUGUCGCCUGCCCUGCUGCACAUGGACCUGAAGCCCAGCAACGUGCUGCUGGACAGCUCCCUCAACGCCAAGCUCACAGAUUUCGGCCUUGCGCGGCUUAACCACAGCAUCGCACGUUCUUCAACAAAAACUUGCAGCGAGGAAUGUGGGACGAUCCACUACAUGCCGCCGGAGGCUUUCGACUUGCCGUACGAACCGGACAAAGCCUCCGACAUUUACAGUUAUGGAAUCCUCUUGUGGUCCAUUGUCAUGGGGAAACCACCAUAUGGACGAGCUCUGCCCAGCCUGGUGCGCUAUCGCAUCCCGAAGGGGGACCGUCCAUCGCUGCCCGAGUUCAUGCAGCGGGCCGACGGGUGUGACGGGUUCGCCGAGCUGAGGCGGCUGAUGGAGCGCUGCUGGGACCACGCGCACGAGAAAAGACCCUCCGCCCUUGAGUGCGCAACCGAGGCAGAAAAACUGUACGAGAUGCACAAAAAGGGCAUCCACGACGUCCUCCACGGCCUGCAGAGGAAACUGGAUAAGGAAAAGGAAGACGAAAUGGUGCAGCAGUUUGAGAGGGUUCACGUCUCUCAGUUUUCAGGGAGCGGACGAGGGGAAGCCAAGAGUCACGUUACCGUGCCAACCGGUCGCCCACCAAUCCAGGAAAUGGAUGGCAGUAGGGCAGCGAAUCAGAAAGACAGCGAUCUGCCUUCCUCUCGGCGUCCGAGCGUUUGUUACGGUGACGUGAGCCGGCAGCCGACGGACGACAAGGUGAAAAAGUCCUCCGUCUGCCCCAUUCGGUCCCCCCCGCCGUCCCCUUCCGCCCGGAGGCCCGCUGGGGGAGGAACAGAAAAGGCCCCCCCGCGGGGCUCGGAGCGAGAGCGGCCUUCAAAGUACCAGCGUCAGUUGUCCAGCCCCGCCGGGUCCUCGCGCCCGCAGGCCGCGCCGCGCGUACUCGAGAUCCGCUUCAGCGACGUGGUGGGGCUGCAGUACGGCGACAACAACAGCAUGAGCAUCCAAGCCGCGCUCCCCCGAGAGAGGAGGCGGCACCCGACGGCGCCGCCGGGAGUCGACCACCCGCCGCAGCGCCGAGGGAGCCGCCGGGACAAGGCGGGACGGCCGCCGCCACUUUGAGUUCUCGGAUUCCCGCGAAAGCGCUCUCGACGCUUGGGUCGUACUUUCUUGCACAACAGGAAGUAUGAAGCAGUAGCUUCAUUUUCAAACCAAUAUUCUCUUCUUUUUGCUUUUCAAAUACGGGAAGUCCAUAUGAACCAUAUGGUCCAUAUAUGUAUUAACAGUGUAUUUUUCCACUUUUUAAACCAGUAAAAAUGUCACGCCUCUCGGGAGUCACAUGGUCGCAGUGCCAGCUGCAAUCAAGAAGCAAAAAUCGAUGUCAGAAUAUAUGUGUCGUCGUCAUUGUUUUUAUUUUAUAGCCUCAGUGCAACAUUUGACCAACCGUCUGGCGCGGCCAGGCAGGGUGAAUCCUCUGUAUAAUAUAGAUCAAGUCCUGGAUUAACGCAUUACUUUAGUUUCUUUUGUUAUGCGCCUUUUUUUAUUGCAGCUCAGAAUCAAGUUCCGACCCUGAGUACUUCCUGAUGCAUUUACUACCUUUUUAACAGAUAAAAUAAAAAAUGCAGGUGUGUAGGAAUGUUGUUUACGUUGAUGUAACGGUGCUGCCAUGAAAUUUCAGCUUCUUAAAAAACUGCUCAUUAGAAUUUUCUUAAUCUUACAUCAUAAAGGUACUUUACAAAAAUAUGAAGACCCCAAAGAUUGUAUGUGUUGAAAAAACAUAGUUUACAUAUAUUUCGAUUUUUGAAAACAUUUGAACUCAGGUGUGUUUUUUUUUAUUUAUUUUUUUAUGUUCCUUUACAACUACAUUUUCGUUUGAAUCAAUAAAUGCUUUGUGUUAUAUUAAAGGAAAGUAUUCUGAUUUCAGCUUCAAACGUAAAGUUCAAACCACCAUUCAGGUAAACCACUCAUUUCAUUGAUGGACUGUUUCUCUUGUUUUUAAAUAAAUAU